AUGGAUGUUCGUGUACCAAUUUGUCCCAUCUGUGAUAAGCCUGUACCAGUGAAACGAGGUGAUGAUCCUAAUAUUAGAAUGAAUCAACAUAUCCAGAGUAAUUGUUCGGACUUGCAACCCAAAGUUGAUAACACAUGUCGUAAAAAGGGUUGUACAACAAAAAUGUUAGUGCCAAUGCAUUGUCCUGAAUGCGGCCUAUCCUUUUGUGUCAAGCAUCGUUUAGAAAUCGAUCAUCAAUGCCAAGGUAAACCGUCUGCCAAAAAGAACACACAGACACAACAGCCUUCAAGGGUAGAGAUGGAAAGGAAAAGAAAGGAAAGAUUGGAUGUCAAGCAGGAAAUUAGUCGGCUCCAAGUCAAGGCAAAACAAGGGAGAAUUACUGAUACCGAACAGAUCCAAUUGGCGAAACUUUUAUCUUUGAAGGGGGACAAAUCAGGAAAAUGUAUUGUUUGUUAA